GAGCAGGUGAAGGUAGGGUUUGAGGACCUGGGGCAUGGACAGCCACCUUCUCCAAGCCCUGCCUGCUGCUCCUCACUCUAAGCCAAAGGAGAACUAUCCUAUCCCUGAACCAGGCCCAAAUGAGGUGCUGCUGAAGAUGCAUUCCGUUGGAAUCUGCGGCUCAGAUGUCCACUACUGGCAGCAUGGUCGAAUUGGGGAUUUUGUUGUGAAAAAGCCAAUGGUGCUGGGCCAUGAAGCUGCAGGAACAGUCGUAAAAGUGGGAUCAUUGGUGAAGCACCUAAAACCAGGUGAUCGUGUUGCCAUCGAGCCUGGUGCUCCCCGAGAAACCGAUGAAUUCUGCAAGAUUGGACGAUACAACCUGUCGCCAUCCCUCUUCUUCUGUGCCACGCCCCCCGAUGACGGGAACCUCUGCCGGUUCUAUAAGCAUAAUGCCAACUUCUGCUACAAGCUUCCUGACAAUGUCACCUUUGAGGAAGGGGCCCUGGUUGAGCCACUGUCUGUGGGGAUCCAUGCCUGCCGGCGAGCUAGAAUCACCCUGGGGAGCAAGGUGUUUGUGUGUGGAGCUGGGCCAAUUGGACUGGUCAAUUUGCUUGUGGCCAAGGCAAUGGGUGCAGCUCAAGUGGUGGUGACUGAUCUGUCUGCUUCUCGGCUGUCUAAGGCGAAGGAAGCCGGGGCUGAUUUCGUCCUCCAGAUCUCCAAGGAGAGCCCUCAGGAAAUCGCCAAUAAAGUGGAAAGCCUCCUGGGGUGCAAGCCAGGAGUCACGAUCGAGUGCACAGGGGCAGAGACCGCCAUCCAGGCGGGCAUCUAUGCCACUUGUUCUGGUGGGACCCUGGUGCUUGUGGGACUGGGUUCUGAGAUGACUAAUGUGCCCCUAGUGCAUGCAGCCAUCCGCGAAGUGGAUAUCAAGGGCGUGUUUCGAUACUGCAAUACGUGGCCAGUGGCGAUUUCAAUGCUUGAAUCCAAGUCUGUGAAUGUAAAAUCCUUAGUGACCCAUAGGUUUCCCCUGGAGAAAGCUCUGGAGGCCUUUGAAACAUCCAAAAAGGGGCUGGGGAUGAAAGUCAUGAUCAAGUGCGACCCCAACGAUCAGAAUCCCUGAUAUUAACUGGGCUCUGCCCUUAUCCCCACCUUCUCAGCAUCUUGGAGUCAUGUGGCUGGGCAGAGGUGGGCUUUGAUGCAGAAGUUUCUUUUAAGUAGUAAGAAUAAUUGAAACAAUUCAUUAUAAGCAAAGAGCCUCACACAGAGGAAUUGGUGUGCCUUAAAAACACAAGUAGGGAUAGUUUGGGGGAACUUGUAGCCAGAGGGACCUAUUCAUGCUGGGCAAAGUUCAGCAAGUGGAGAACAGCUUGGCAGGCAGGUGCUGGGAACUCCCCUUCUUCCUGGAGUGAGUUAGGGGGGAAAAAAACCUGUCCUUUGGAUUCCUGGUUCCUGGCCAGGUGGGGGAUGGGAGCUGAGUUAUGAAGACACAGCUUGAUAUCAAGACUUAACUGGCCCAGAAGCUAAUUUGCAUGAAAAUCUGCAGCUCAGAGUAUGGGAUAAUAAGCGGUCAAUAGUUUUAGUUUCUAGACAUAAGUGCUCUUUGGUUUUAUGACAAAAGGAGAAUAAGGAACUGACCUUUCUGGGUCUAGGGUAAUAUUGAAACCAAUCAAACAAAUAAAACCAAAAUCCCAUGUGAGGUCAAACUGCUUACAUUCCCCAAAUGUAGAAAUAGUCAGGGAACUUCUCAGUACUGCUUGAAGGCUGCCUCUUUUUCAACCCCUGUGAAUUCUGCUUAAUUUACUUUGUAAGGUAAAGAACCACCUUCCUAAUGUUCCCCACCCCUACCCUUCCACUAUUCAGAGGAAGACACUACAGGCUCCUUUGUCACCAGGUAACCGGGAGACACCUACCUUAGGAGAGUCAUAAGGAGUCCUUAUGGGAGACCUUAAAUCAUGCCUCUGAUUGGCCCAGGAGGGUUUGGUCAGUGCACCUGUCUUCUCCCCUCUACAAGAAUAGCAUCCCCUUCUAAGAUCAAACUCACCCAUGAUUAUUAUACAAUUCCAUGUAAUUUUGGUAAUUCUAAACAGAAAACCUUUCCCCUUCUUAUAGCUAGUUAAGACUCUUGGUGUAUUUCUGUCCAUUUGAAUGAUAUCUCUGACCUUAUUAAAAUUGUGAUCUUAUUUUAA